UACCAUCGGCGACGCCUCUGUGCAAGCCCGGGCGCCUUGAAACGGUACAUCACGUAGCGGACGCGCAAGUCGUGAUGCUAUCGCGUAGCGCUUGCGUUGUCCCCGUCCAAUGACCAUGACGGCUCGGCCGGCGGCAAGGCAGAUGAGACAGCGAGCAACAUAAGGCUGGCCUGGAAGAAGCAGCAUCCGUUACCCGCUGGGGAAAGAGUAAGUCAUGAUUGGGUUGUCGCAUUCCGAUAAUUCGUUCACGAUCCCCCUCCCCCCCGGUCCCCCUGGCCUCAGGGGUAAACGUUGCGGGACGGUUUCGAGGAGUAGUAUCCGUAGACAGACCCGACUGCCGAUUAUUGACAGCUUCAUCGACAGCCGCACGUGUCGGAUCAUGGCACCCUCCCCCUCCCCUUUCCCUUUCACCCCCAACGAUACCGUGCGAAUCGUUGGACGCACCAUGAGAUGGGAUGGGAUGGGGCGGGGCCAAGACGCGCCCGCGCCGAUCAUCGGGUGUGAUUGCUGCUGUACCUAUGUAAGCCAGCCCACGUCCAUGACCGCCCACCUCGCAAUUACCACCUCCCACGCGGCGCCGCGAGCGCUGCCGUCCGGCACGGGUUGGAGAAGAAAGCAUUUGCUGCUCGGAGCGCCGUGGUGUCUACUGCCGGCACGUGAAACAAUCCACAGAGGCCACUCUUCUGCUCCCUUGGAGAGAGGGAAAAGACAAAAAAAGAAUAAAGGAGGGGCUCCCUCCAUGUGGAUUAGCAUCAUCUCGCAUAGCCGUUGGCGUGGUGGCACUUCUGUGGCUGGAAUUAAUUUUUCGAGGCUGCCGCGAUGGAGUCGACCGAGUGGCGCCCGUCGGGAAACGUUGAAUUGCAUCAGGCGGCAGAAGGUGCUCCGUGACCCUCCCCCCUCCGAGCAAAAAAGCGACUGUGGGGACGGCAGACCAGGAUGGAUGGGCGGGCCAGCUUAUCUUGGCCGCGACAUGCCCACUACCGUACUCGAGAGCCACUUGCAAGGGAGUCGGGGGGGGAUGAGACUGUAAGGCGGGUAUCGUCGCGAGAGACAGUUGGGCCGAGAGUCGCGACCGUUAGAGGCGGUUGAAAGGAACGGAAGGAAACGAGGGUUCGCAAGCAAGGGACAGGGGGAAAUGGCACGUUGUUGAUUGUUAAGAAAGACCGACGACAAACGAAAACUCCGAGUCGACAAAUGCUGGAAGUUUCCCCCCGGGGGCUAACUAAGGAAAGGGAGAGAGAGAAG